CUGUCAACCAAUGAAUGGAUAAAGAAGAUGUGGGGUGUUUUUAUAUAUAUACAAUGGAGUAUUACUGUGCUGUAAAGAAGAAUGAGCUUGGCUGCCGCCUGCCCGCCGCCCACAGCCCGAGAGCCCUGGUUUCAACAGACUUCACCAAAAUGCCAUCCCAAGUGGAACACGCCAUGGAAACCAUGAUGUUUACAUUUCACAAAUUUGCCGGGGACAAAGGCUACUUAACGAAGGAGGACCUGCAAGUACUCAUGGAAAAGGAGUUCCCUGGGUUUUUGGAAAAUCAAAAAGAUCCUCUGGCUGUGGACAAAAUCAUGAAGGACCUGGACCAGUGCCGAGAUGGCAAAGUGGGCUUCCAGAGCUUCUUUUCACUAAUCACAGGCCUCACCAUUGCGUGCAAUGAUUAUUUUGUAGUGCACAUGAAGCAGAAGGCAGAAUUGAACACUUACUCCUGCCCAGAUGAGAGUUCUCCCAAAGGGCCACUUACGGAAUCUGGCCCUCAGUUUCCCUGUGUAUAAAGAUUUCAUGAGCAGAUCAGGACCCUUAGAAAAUGUACAAAUAACAUCCAGCUCUCAUUGGACAAGCAGAGAAAGGAAAGUUAGUUAAAUGCUAGAUAAGCUUUUGAUUUUUACAUUGUUUGCAUUCUCUUGCCCUCAAUAAAUAAAGUCUUUUUUUUAGUUCCAGAAAAAAAAAAAGAAGAAUGAGCUUGAGAUAUUUAUGACUAAAUGGAUGCACCUUGAGACCAAAU